AUGCGAGUUGACGGGCUGAUGCGAGUUGACGGGCUGAUGCGAGUUGACGGGUCAAAGUCGAGUGUACAGUCUGGCCCAAUUCAGAGGGCCGUCUGGAAGGUGAGGCGAAUUGCAACGCCUCGCAUUGCAGACGAUUCACGUCUCGUAACUGAUUUGCGAAGUACGCUGCGACACUGUGGAAGCACAUAUGCUGAGCACUAG